GUCUUCCCCAUUAGGACCACUUUGUCGCAACUAUGAGCAUACAACGAUAACCCCUGAAAUGAUGGAUUUGUUCCUCGAAAUUAUUAACAAUGCUCGAAGCAGGGUUGCAACUGGUGUGGAAAAGGGUAAUGAUGGUAAGCUCUUACCUAGAGGAUACGGAAUCAUGCGCCUGAAAUGGGACAGAGAAUUGGCCACAUUUGCGCAAAUAUUGGCCAACCAAUGCUUCUUAGGGAAGGGUGACGAGUGUCGAGCAACUAAUCAGUUUUCUAACCCCAGCCAGAGUAUCUCCAUGUUGAACUUCUUCGACCAUGGGUGGCUUUACUCCUCAAACGUCAAUGAGACGGAUGCAGGACUCACGGAGAAGAAGAUCAUGAACGGAAUAAGACAGAGUUUAAACUCAUGGGUUCCUGAAGAUAAAACUGUUACUAAAGAUAUGAUAUUGAAUUAUCCGGGCUCUGAAGAGCUUUCAGCGGUAGACAGAUUGUUCUUGAAUGCAGUCCGAGGUGGAUCAACGCAUAUGGGAUGUGGAAUAUCAGCAUUCACCAGAUACAAUACUGCUGAUAACACCAGGCAAGAUGUAGUCAACGUUCUCCAAAUAAUAUGCAAUUUCGCGGACAGUCCCCAAGUGUCGCAGCCUGUGUACAUGACGGAUCCCCCCAUACCCGGAACAGGGUUCACAGACCAGUGUGGCUGUCCAAUAGGCUACAAGGAAUCAGAUGGAUGCCUCUGCGUAGAAGAUCCAGAUUCACAUAACAAGAUUCUUCUGCCAACUACCUCAACGGCAGCAGCGUAUUUUAAACCAAGGUUGAAAAGUGAAAAAUUGAAAGAUAUAGACGAUGACGAGAAAGCAACAUUGUUCACCGAGAAGCCUGCAGCAUUGCUCAAAGAUGACCACACUCACGCAACAAAAGCUGAAAAGGCCGAACACUUCAAAGCACACGAAUAUAAAUACAAACCAGUACAAACAAGAUUCGUGAAGAAGAAAUCAGAAGAGAAAAAACAAGUUGCUUUUCUGCCAAUUUUCAAAAUCGAACCGGCUCCGAGUGAGCUGGUAGAAAGAACUUAUAAUAACGCUCUACCGCCCAUACUGAGAUAUGACAAUUUAACUUUCAUACCGAGAAACGAAGGUGGAGAAAAUUCCAACGAAAAACAUGAGAAAGUGAAAUCGAAAUCUUCUAAGAAAUAUUCAAAGAAUCGCUUUUAUUACGUCAAAAAUCAGGAUUCAAACAAAGUUGAUGAUGAAGAGGUGAGUGUAGUUCGCCGCUCUCUUGGGAAACAGCUAAAACAAGAUGAAUCUGAUGAAAAUAGCUUCGAAGCAACAGACAAACACAAAACUUUUAAUACAGACGACAAUACUGAUGAAGACUCUGAACAGUAUCCACGUCGAAGAAAUGAAUAUAACAGCGACAAAGUUAGGAUAAAUCCUAUAAAACACUUAACCGACGAUAAUUUAAUGAGCCUGCUUGACAUCCUAGAACGUAAAGUUAGUAAUAUUGAUAUGGAUUACAAAGCAAAAGAAAUAUUCGAUGCUAAAAUGAGAAAAAUCUAUAAAAACGUAUGGAACAAACAUAAACAAAUGCAGCGAGCGAAACGAUUGCCGCAACUUAAACAAAAACCAGGUGCUCUUGACAUAGAAGACGAAUUUAGAGAACUAAAGAAUUUACUGAAACUUAAAUCUGAACAUAUUUUUGAUCAUGAACAUUUUCAUAAUACGCGAAGAUUUGGUGGUAAUGACAAUAGGGUUAAGAAUGAAAAUAAGGUUAUAAAAUUCAGUAGAGAAAAUAAUCACAUACAAGAACAGCAUAAAAAGAAGAUUGACACGUCACGCAAUGACAUGAUAGACGACAAGUUACUUGAGAUUCUAAGUCAUAAAUAUAAUCAAUUGGUAUCCGAUAGCGACUUGAAGUUAAACGGUGAAAUAAACGGUAGACAAACAUACAUGGAUCGACAGCUAAAAGACAUUCACAGUCAUAAAUCGGAUGCCGCGAUUCUUACUAAUGACUUCGAACACAUUGAUGACUACGAUGAAGAAAAUGAUUCUGAUAAUAUACCUAUUCCAAGAAACCAAGAAACGUUUAACAAGUAUGACAGAAGAAGUGAUACCGAAGCGUCCGAAACUAAUGACAGGAAGGUUGUUAAGUUCAAUCAUUUGAAUGACCUUAGUGAUGGAGAGUAUUCUCAGAAAGUUUUGCAUACACCAAAAUUAGUGAAAGAUAAUAUAAUUGAGGAUAGGCAUGAAAGCGUCACUCAUAGAGCCAAUAAAAAGAGAACUCCGGCACGAAAAAGAUUCUCGUAUUUUGAAGAACCCGAAGAAACUCAAGAUACUCGGCCUUUCAGAAGAAUUAGUGAUUACAACUUUGAACGACCGCAUCGAAGACUACAAUUCAACCAAAUAAAUACGCCAUGGAAGGCCAAAAUUCAAAGGAUAACAAACCCUUACUUUUUGAGCGAUAGAGCUACGUACUGAGGUCUAAAUUUGAAAAAUAAACCGUUGAACAAGUCAAAACGCUGUCGCAAAUUGCCAUUACCACUCACACAGCCAAGUGAUAGUGUAAAAUGUAUUUUUAAGUUAACAAUUUUGUUUGACAAUAACAUC